AUCAGCACAUCAAAAUGGCAUCAAAGAUCUCCAUCAUCGCCAUCGCACUACUGCUGGUUAACGUCCAUGCGCAGCAGUAUGGUCAGCAGGUGGGCCGUCGAUCGCAGGAUCGCUUGAAUCAGCUCCGAUCCUACGACGAUGGUGCACGGCCAUCUCGCAACUACAACGAUCAGUACAACGAUCAGCGCUACUUGGGUCGUAACCAGGACCAGGAUCUACAGGACCGACGUGAACGUGACGAAUACGAUCGCGACGACUACAGCUAUGGAUACGCUGUACGUGAUGAGCUUUCGGGUGACAUCAAGAGCCAGCAGGAAACGCGCAACGGAGACAGGGUACGCGGCCAGUACCGAACGCUAGAAUCGGACGGUACGGAACGCAUCGUCGACUACACCGCUGACGAUAUUCGCGGAUUCAAUGCGGUCGUACGUCAUCAGCCGUCGGUAGGCUCGCGUGCACAGAUCGUACACACCCUGCAGCCAGCCGUUCUCAUCAGACAGCCGCAGUCCGUUGGAACGCUUGCAUCGGGCAACAAUCGUCCAGCUCUGCUUACUACUCCUCAACAAGCCUCUACCGUGCUGCUGCGCAACUAAUUUCCACCCGGUCUGAUC